CACAGCUAUGCGCACAUCCUCCCCGUCAUAGCCCAAAACACAUUCCAGUUCCGGACUCACGCGUACACGCGCCACGGAAAAGUUUACGUUCAAAUUUCGAAUUCGCGAAUAUUUCGAACUUUUAUUUUUUUUCUAACGCGAACCAUUAUAGAAAAAGUUGCAGAUUUUGGCGGCAAACGGGAACAAUGUGGAUAAACCGCGGUCGGUUAUCGCGUCAUUAGGGAACUGUUAUUAACUUAAUUUUCCAUUACACUCCUCACUCCCACACCGUAGCAAAAAGAUGCUGGGGUGUGUACAAAAAAGAGUCGCCUCGGAGUUCGUAUCCUUUCUCCCGAACGCUAUCAUCUUCAGCUCGGCUGUUGAUAGCCGGUGCCUAGACAAGUAGAUAACAAAUUAAAUUCAAUAAACUUUAAAAUUCAAUUCGGCCAAAUUCGAAAACAAAUAAAAUUUAAAAAUUCUGAAUCAACCCGAACAAAACUAGUCAAAGUAACAAAUUGAAGAGCGAUAGCGUUAAGUUACCAAUAGGAGUUGCAAAGGCUAUAGUUGCGCCUUCGCUGGUCACUGAGCCGCCGCCGAGCUGCCGUCGCGGUGGCAUGCUGUAUGCCCCUUGUGUCGACUGUGCGCUGACUGGUCGCUACGUCACGUGGCUUCCCGGCGCGCGACUGCAGUGCUGGAUGCUACUAACUGUAUACACGUUACCACAGCUUGCCGUCUCUGCGAAGAUAUUGUGCCUCCUGAUGGUGGUGAUCUGCGGUGCGGUGCCAUCGAUGGUCCGGUCGGUUCGUCUCUACAACCAGUGCUCGCAUAUGUACGUCAACGUGUUCCCCAACGGCACCGUCAUGGCCCGCUCCGAUGGAAACGACCAUCCGAAUCUCACCAUCAGUACGCGCGGCGUCAACCUGGAGCUACUCAUUCACUCGCCCGUGCAGGACAUGUACCUGUGCUUCAACCGUUCCAAACUGGUCGGCAGACGUUUGUCCCGAUUUCAAGCGGAGCGACAGUCCAAUUGCCUGUUCAAAGAAGAGUUUGUGGACGGCUACAGCUCAUUCCACCUGGUAAAGAACGACGACCGAUACAUAGGAUUCAACCGGCGCGGACUGCAGCUGCGACGACUGAAGAGCCGCCUCUCCCAGCGCUCCCAAAACUGCUUCGCCUUUAUGAAGGAGAACCAGGACUUCGACAUAAGCAGGCACAAUUACAUGGUUGCCGCGGACCGGCCCCGGCGUCCGCAGCGUAGACUGCGCCCGCCACCGCAGAACUCCAUCAAACCGCCGUGCCAUGGCGUGCGCCACCAUCACGGCAGGCACCAGAGGCGGAGGAACUGCGAGGGCACGUAAACCUUUACAUUAUUAGCAGCAUUUAGCUUGAACGCUUCGCGCGUUUCGUCGCCAGCUGUCGACGAGCCUGUGGACAGAGUAUUAGUCAACUACCGCAGUAUUAUUUCAGUACGAGGACUGGACGACGUUAGGCUAGCCGGCCGCGGUCGCUUCGAAACGCCGAAUGGUAGCUACAGCGAGCGGGAGCAAACAGAACGAAGGAAAAGGCCGGGGCGGCUGGAGAUGUGAAAUUCCUUACGGUCGUGCAACAUCGCGCUCGUUUGCUCUCGCGCUCGCGUACACUCGUGCUCUAAAAGGAAAAAAAGGCUUUCUGAGGAAAGAGCAAACAGUGUCGCUAGUCACGAGUCUUCUGAGAGACCACCGCUGAAUUUUGAUCGACGAGGCAGCUUCGGGAUGCGGAGGCGCAUCUCCGUAAAGUUGUUCAUCUGGACGUUUGAUAUCUUUCCUUACCUCGACUGCUCCGGCUGGCUCGCCAUAAUUGUAGUAAAAGCGCCUUUACGUCAAUUCUCAGUGUAUUAUUAUUUAAAUGCUUUAAUAUUAAGUUCAGAUCGCGUUAUCUGCUUGUAA